AUGGCUGCGACAACGAGUGCUUCUCAAACGAAGUUGAACGAGCUUCUGGACGCAAUUCGUAAUGAAUUUGGACAAAUCUCGCAAGAAGCCAACACCUACCGGUUACAGAACCAGAAGGACUAUGAUUUCAAGAUAAACCAGCAAUUGGCGGAGAUGCAGCAGAUCCGGAACACCGUGUAUGAGCUGGAGCUCACACACCGCAAGAUGAAGGAUGCGUACGAGGAGGAAAUUGGGAGAUUGAAACUGGAACUGGACCAGAGAGACCGGCAGGUUGCGUCGCUUGCGGCUGCUGCUCAACAGCAGCAGGUGCAGCAGGUGCAGCAGGUGCAACAAGUUCAGCAGGUGCAAGCUCAGCAGGCGCAUCAGGCCCAGCAACGACAGCAACAGGCACAACAGCAACAACAACAGGCACAACAGCAACAACAGGCCCAGCAGCAGCAGCAGCAGCAGCAGCAGCAACAACAACAACAACAGCAAGUGCAGCAGCAACAACAACAGCAGCAGGCACAGCAGCAGGCACAGCAACAACAGGCACAGCAGCAGCAGCAGCAGCAGCAGCAGCAGCAGCAACAGCUCCAGCAACAGCAAGUAGCCGCUACUUCCGUGCCAGCGUCUUCGAAACCAAUCUUGAACUCUCAGGCUUCCCAAACUCCGCUGGUGGGUCCCGCUAGCUUGGCUCCAAAUCCAACAGGCACACCUUCCGCCAACAGACCAUUGCUGGAAAGCUCCCAGUCUGCUUCGGGAGCCACCCAGGCUCCGCAGAUGAGAAAGCUUUCAUCAGUGGACCAACCUCCUGCCAACAACGUACCCGGUAGUGUGUCGGCACCUUCCAUCAAGUCUGCGCCUGAUACGCCCGCUGCAGCUGUUCAAUCAAUUCCCCAGAUUCAAGCUCCUAACGCGGGCCUUGUGCCUCUUCAGCAAUCACCUCCUGCCCCCGGUACGUCUGCUGCUACUGUUCAAAACCCACCUACCAUCCCACCAGUGAUUAGCAACCCAGCGGCUGCAACAACAGCAACUCCAUUUUCUGAAACUAAGCCACAGGAAUACUACUUAGUGCCACCUCAUCAACGUGGAUCUCAUGCUAAACCAAUCCCACCAUUCUUGCUUGACUUAGACUCUCAAUUGGUUCCUCAACACUUGAAAAAACAAACCGGCGAUUAUUAUAUCCUAUACAACCCUGCUUUGCCCCGUGAGCUCGACGUUGAUCUGCACGUCUCUCUCGAUCACUCCUCUGUCGUUUGCUGUGUAAGGUUCAGCAACAGUGGUGAGUUUUUGGCUACAGGUUGUAACAAGACCACUCAAGUGUACAAAGUGUCGACUGGUGAGCUUGUGGCUAGACUUUCUGAAGACGUUGCUUCCAAUUCUUUUGGAGCUAACGGCUCUACAGAAAAUUCGGAUUCUAACGUGGCGGUCUCCACUGCUUCGUCGGACCUUUACAUCAGAUCUGUUUGCUUCUCUCCAGACGGCAAAUUUUUGGCCACAGGUGCCGAAGACAAGCUCAUUCGUAUCUGGGAUUUGACAACUAGAAGAAUUGUAAUGACUUUGCAAGGGCACGAACAAGAUAUCUAUUCUUUGGAUUAUUUCCCCUCCGGUGACAGAUUAGUAUCGGGCUCUGGAGACAGAACGGUCAGGAUAUGGGAUUUACGCACUGGUCAAUGCUCUCUCACUUUAUCAAUUGAAGAUGGCGUUACUACUGUGGCCGUAUCACCUGGAGAUGGUAAAUUCAUAGCUGCCGGUUCUCUAGAUAAAACUGUCCGUAUUUGGGAUUCAGAGACAGGGUUUUUGGUCGAAAGGCUAGAUUCCGAGAACGAACUAGGAACAGGCCACAAAGAUUCUGUUUAUAGUGUCGUCUUCACUCGUGACGGUCACGGCGUUGUGUCUGGAUCCCUGGAUAGAUCGGUAAAACUCUGGAAUCUCAGAAGUGCAAAUGGUACCGCCAACGAUGUAAAGGCCAGCAAUGCGGCUAGUGAGGUGACGUAUACAGGCCACAAAGAUUUCGUUCUGUCUGUGGCGACAACAGAGAAUGAUGAAUUCAUACUUUCGGGCUCAAAAGAUCGCGGUGUUCUCUUUUGGGAUACGCCUUCUGGAAAUCCUUUAUUGAUGCUCCAGGGUCAUAGAAACUCAGUCAUCUCCGUAGCAGUGGCCAACGAUCAUCCACUAGGUCCCGAAUAUGGCGUGUUUGCUACAGGUAGCGGCGAUUGCAAAGCAAGAAUUUGGAAAUACACCAAGAGAAAACCGGAAUCAGAACUCAAAAUUAGAGAGGUUAACGAAUGA